UUUAAAAAAUUUUAUAAAAUCUUUCCGCUAAUAUUGGGCUACCUUUUUUGCAUGUUACAAAGUAAUCCGAAACGUGAGUUGGGUGAACGUGGUGGCAGUCCUCUAUUCAAAUUAUCACGUUCAAGAUGUAUUCGGCAAAUGCAAAAAUUGUCAAGCCGCAGGGUGGUGAUCCAGAUAAAACUGAAAGCUUGAUAUCUCAGGCACUUCUGGACUUGGAGAUGAAUAGCGAUCUCAAAGCUCAAUUACGAGAAUUGGUAAUAACUGGUGCUAAAGAAAUAGAUGUAAAUGGAACGAAAGCACUUAUCAUCUUUGUGCCAGUACCUCAGUUGAGAGCUUUUCAGAAAAUUCAAACAAGACUCGUAAGAGAAUUAGAAAAGAAAUUUAGUGGAAAGCAUGUUGUAUUUAUUGCACAAAGAAAAAUACUGCAGAAACCCACUAGGAAAAUGAAAGUAAAAAAUAAGCAAAAAAGACCAAGAAGUCGUACUUUAACUGCUGUUCACGAUGCAAUAUUGGAAGAUUUGGUGUUUCCAGCAGAAAUAGUCGGUAAGAGAAUUCGCAUUCGUCUAGAUGGCACCAGAUUAAUUAAAGUACAUCUUGACAAAAAUCAACAGACCAACAUAGAACACAAAAAAGGCACAUUUGCAGCUGUGUAUAAGAAAUUAACAGGAAAAGAAGUAACCUUUGAAUUUCCUGAGCCACUGUUCUAAUUUGUAUUAAUUAUCAAAUGUGGAAAUAAAAAAAAAUAAUGUAAAAACCAA